UUUUCAUGCUGGUUUUCAGGCUGUGGAGAGCACCAAGAAGAGAAUUGCAGAGGUGCGCGAUUUUUUAGGUUGCCGACCUCAAGAGUCACAGUUAGAAAUCCGUACCCGUCUUGGCUUAAGCCAGUACGGCUCAGACAAGCCUGACAUCCGAACUUCACACGUAACUCGACUGCAUUCGUACAAUUCAGCACGUGAUGAACUCUUGGUGGGUAGUUGUUCUCGCCUUCCUUCCAGUGACUACCCAGCUGAACCUGCGCUCGGAUGGAGCAGACGUAGAUGCAGAUGGCAAGGAGGAUGAUCCAGUGUACGAUUUUGGCGGCUUCUUUGAGUUCGUUGGUCAGGCGAAGGAGGACCAGCAGCAGCUCGUUGGGGAGGGCCGCAAGGUCGCCGAGACCUCGGAUCUCGCAGGGCCGUGGAAGGCGCCGCUGAGCCCCAGCGACUCUUACAGUGGCUCCAGUGCUUGGCCGCUCAGUGACACAGCGCAGUGCACCAGCGCCGACAUGACGAUCCUCAACGAUAUGGCUUUGAAGCAGGCGAAGAAGAAGCUGCCACCAGCCAUGCGCGCGGGGGAUUUCAAGACUGGGUCGUGCUACAAGGGGGCCGAGGCUAGUGGGUCUUGGGACAUGACGGGUACUUCGGGUUUUGUCCCGUGCUACCAGUCGUAUUUCCCUGUCUCUACGCCGUGUGCAACUUGCAUCGGGAGCGUCUACUUGAUGGCCAAGCACAACAUGUCGACCCCUUGCUACAACCUCUGCAAGGGGCGCCCGCACAGGAGGGACGGCGCCCACUGGUGCUGGGAAGAUUGCCAGUCUUGCAUGUGGUACAUCGGGAAGAAACUGUCAGACUGUUACGGAGAGCCUUAUGACAUGGCGUGCAAGUACGCGAAGGAGCUCGGGAAGGAGGGGUGGUUCGAGAAGAAUGGCAUCGACCCGAAUGGGGCGUUCCCGUAAGGGGGGGAUAGGUCGACGCGAUACCGGUUCAGACGCCGCUGCUCUUGUCUCACCAACCUUGGCUGUGCAUUUCUGCCGUGCUUCUGGUUGUGGCGGCGCCCUCCUCCGCGCACUGUCUGGAACAAAAACACAGCCAGCCAGCCCCCCCCAUCGUUCUAGUAUGCCCCAUCGUGCCAGAACCGUGGCGGGAAAGUGCGGCAAAGCGGCGCAGAUUCCUGAUCCCAUCGACGGCGCCCACGGCAAAUCACCGCCGCCCCCUGCCUUUCUGGAAAUGCGUUGGGCCAACGCUUGGCCACGCUAUUGGACUGUGCAUUCUCUCAGCCGUUGUAGAAACCGU